AUGGCUGACAGUGCUGUGGUGUGCUGUGUGCCUCCAUGUGACACGCCUCCACCUCCAUGUGACACGCCUCCACCUCUAUGUGACACGCCUCCACCUCUAUGUGACACGCCUCCACCUCUAUGUGACACGCCUCCACCUCUAUGUGACACGCUCCACCUCCAUGUGACACGCCUCCACCUCUAUGUGACACGCCUACACCUCUAUGUGACACGCCUCCACCUCCAUGUGACACGCCUACACCUCCAUGUGACACGCCUCCACCUCUAUGUGACACGCCUCCACCUCCAUGUGACACGCCUACACCUCCAUGUGACACGCCUCCACCUCUAUGUGACACGCCUCCACCUCUAUGUGACACGCCUCCACCUCCAUGUGACACGCCUCCACCUCUAUGUGACACGCCUCCACCUCUAUGUGACACGCUCCACCUCCAUGUGA